AUGAGAACUAAUCAUUAAUACAAUUAUAAUUAUAAAUUAGACUAAAUAUUUUCUAGAGAAAAGUAAUCAAUUAUCUUUAUAUUUAUUAGGUCUUAUGAUCUUCAUCUAAAAAAAUUGAAUGAAAUUAAAAGCAAAAAAUCUCAUUCAUAAUCAAGAGUAUAACAUAUAGAAAAUUUAGAAAAGAGAAAUAAUAUUAGACAAUAAAGAAGACGUUUUGAUUUAAGUGGUAUGAUUUAAUGAAGAUUUUAAUAAAUUUAGAAUAAUCAGAAAGAAUCAAUAAGGGAAACAGUUAAUUAUAUUAUAAAAUAACAGAAAUUUGCAAUAGGCCAAUGUAAUAAGAAUACUAUAAAUAUGAAGAUGAAAAUUUACAUCACCCUCAUAAUUUAAAUUUAACAUUUCGCAAACUCUAAGCUUAAUAAAUUUAACAUGAAAAUAUUAAAUUAGCUGAUAGACUUAUGAAAUAAGAACCUGUAUUAAAAUUGGAUGAAUAUUCUCAUCAAUAUAAGGAAAAUAAAAGAUUAAUGUAAAGACUUUAAAGAUAUCAAUAAUGUUAAUAAUAUGUUAAUUCAAUUAGGUAAUUAUCUUAAAUCUAUAUUAGAAAUAAUUUAACUUAAUCUAAUCGUGAUACAACAAAUCAUAGUUCAAUAUCCUGUAAGAAAAAAGAAAAAUUGUAGUUAUAACCAAUACUCAAGUAUAUAUAUAUAUUUAAAUAUUAGUGUGAAAAAUAAAUCAAUUGAUGUUUCUGAAUUAGACAAAAUCAAUUAUUUAUUAAAUUAAGAAGAUGAAUCUACUUUAAAAGAAAUUUUAUAAUUAGAAGAAAAAUAAUAAUAAUAAGAUGAAAAGAAUUAGACUAAAUAAGAAUUGCCUGAAAUUCCUUAACUUAAUGAAGAAUCAUAAAUAGAAACUAUAAGAUAAGAUGAAAUUGUUGAAAAUUAAAUAUAAUAAUAAAUAGAUAAUGAAGUCAAAUUAUAAAGUGAUGAUGAUGUUGAUUAAUAAUGA